GCACCAUCCUACUCACUCUAUCUCGUACAAUCUCAUGACCUGAUCUUUCCAUCCCGCUCUUCAUGUUGUGCUUACCUUCGAGGCUCUCGAUCUCCUAUCUUCAUCGAGAGCAGUGCCUCCGAGACGAAUUAUUUGCUGCAGCCGUAAUCUAUAUUCCCCUGGCCUCUUCCUCUGAUCGUCAACUCGGAAUGCGUAAUACAACAUGCCCUCGUGUUAAUCAUAGGUCACCGCCGUUGAAAGGGGAGCAAUACCCACGCACUGACGAUUGCUCUCUCUUUCUCUCGUCAGAAACGGAAUAUACAAUUACGUAGUUAUCAACGUGGUGUUCGGUAUCACAGAGAAGACAGCAG